GCGAAAGUACCCGGAGCGGACUGUUGUCUGCAGUUACACCGCGCUCAAAUUCAAAUCACGUCGAGGCGGAGGAACCGCACGGACCUAUCAUCACUCAACCAUGGCGCGCAGGGCGUUGCUUAUCGGCGCUAGCUAUGGCGACAGCACUCAUCUGCCUACUCUGCGUGGAUCGGUUAACGAUGUCGUGCAGGCGAAGAUAGCGCUCACGACGGUGUAUGGAUUUGCAGAGGCGGACGUGUGCGUGCUGGCCGAUGGAGAAGUGGAUGCGAGCUGCGCUAAGGCUUGCACAACGCCGCCCACGAAAGCUUGCAUCCUGGCGGCGCUUGAUUGGUUGGUAAAGGGUCCGUGCGCGGGUGAUGUGCUGUUCUUCCACUUCUCGGGAUAUGGUACGCGUGUUCCCUCGGCAUCGUCGUGCGACUCUCUCGAGGAGGCUCUCCUUCCGUGCGACGCUACAGUGUCGGAUGUCUGCGGUUUCCGGAACGUUGUUGAGCACAGUGUGUUCAGCACCAAAUUCGCCGGCAUUCCCAAGGGUGUGACGGUGGUUCAAGUGUUUGAUACAGCCUUCAAAGGUGCCGACGAGUACGCCCUCGCCGGCGUGAAGCACUCUGUCCUUUGCCACGGUUUGUCGACGAAGGUGGUCUCAGCCAGGGGUCUGGAUAACGUGGCAUCGGUAACGGCGAGUAGAAAGCUGAAUGCCGAAGAUCGUUUCGCAUGCGUGCAAUGCCAUUUCUCCGAUUCUUGCAAGGCUCUGUACUACGACCUCCCCUCUGCUUGGCUUGCCUGCGCAGAGGACGAAACCACCUGGGACGUGGUUGUCGACUGCAAGCCGGCGGGUAUUUUCAGCCAUCACCUGUACAGCACCGUUGUCAGGGAACACGAGAACGACCACCAGAACCAGAACGUUUGCAUUCUUAACUCAGUGAUGUACGUGCUCUGCGCCGGAGGCUUCAAGCACAAGCCGGAGUACGUUGUUGCGGAGGACUCGAAGAAGUUGGCGACUUUCCUUCCUCCUGCGCCUGAGAAGAAGUUCCCUCCCAGUCUGACGAAGUUGAAGGAAUUGGUCAUUGCCUGUUUGAAGAAGGAAGCGUUGUACAAGACUGACGAAGCGUUGAUUGAGCAGCUGGCCACGCGUGUGGCUCUCCUGCCGACCAUCACGACGGUUGAGCGGGAGUGUUUGAGCCAGCGCCUUCUGUCCUUGGUGAACGCGAGAGGCCAUUGGAUCCUGCGGGAGAUUCUGGGCCUGUGCACCCCUGUCGUUCCUCCGUCCCCUCCGUGCAUCCCCGAGCUGGAUUCCAGGCAGCUGUACUCCAUCACUAUGGUUGUCAGCCACGCCAAGUCCGCAGUCGCCGCCUCCAGAAUCGAGGAGCUCGCAAGGCGGCUUGCGCGAUGUCAUGGCCUGACGUUGGCCAAACAGCAGGCCAUCGUGGACGAGCUGACGUGUCUGAUCGGGGAGGAUGGAUGGGCGCUCUUGCGACUGUUGUUUGCCGCGGAGCCCCCGACCGAUCUGAAGUUUGCGGAGAAGAAGACGCAAUGCCGUUCUCCAUGCCUUCCUCUAUGCCGCCCAGCAUGCCCUCCUGCGGAUUGCAAUGCGCAUCUGCGAAAGCUCAUCUCCUUCAUGGGAGUCGAGGGAUACGAGAUCGGUCUGAAAUUCAAGAAYGAGUAUGCGUGCCUGUCCAUCGAGGAGCGCAAGCGCCACUACAAGACGCUCUAUGUAAAGGGCGGCAUGGAGGCAGUGACGACGGCGGCCGCSAUAGCUGGCGAYGCCUGCUACAUUGAUGUUCUUGCCGMGGCMGUGGGSGAGCAUGUCCGCUGCWCCGCUGUGUCCACCKMUUGCUGCCMGCCUCUCUCCUCUUYCUACUCCACCCUCUCUGCUUCUCUAAAAUGUCAGCUCUUGCAAUCUGUUGUCUGUGCUGCCGGGUCUCGCGGGCACGAGAUCGCGGUUCGCCUGGCGGACUGUACAAAGCUCCUUGGGRACUCCGAGAAGAAGAGUUUGUAUGCCGAAMUGGUGAAGCUCGGCGGAGUGUCUGCGCUUGCCGCCGGCGCACGUCUCGCUGCUGAUGUCACCAUUCUCAAGACUGUGGUGGCCGCCGGAGAGCGCGUCCGCCUCGUUCGAUSCGAGCCGCCGGUGGAGUUUUGUGCGCGAAGGGAGGCCAGGAGACAGAGGGAGAAGCAAUUGCUCAAGGAGGUGAUUGUGAUUGCUGGCUGUGCGGGUUACGAGUUUUCUGUCCAGCUGAUGCAAGAGGSGUUGACGGUGGCGUGCCGGAAAGAUAUAUAUUCGAAGCUGUUCGCCGAGGGAGGCGUUGAGGCUGUCGCCAUAGCUGCCCUCGUUUCCGAGGACGAGACUGUGAAGGGCGAGUUGGAGAAGGCAGGUGUGGAGCACGCGGCGUUUGUCCAAUGUCCGGCUGCCGUGUGUCUUCCAUCAGUCUGCUGUUCCUCCCACGCAGUGCGAAUGUGAGUACCUGCUGAGUACGGAAGACAGGCGAGUUGGCAGCACGCUUUGCAACAUUGCUCGGAAAGAAAGCUCGGUAUGAGAAGGCCCGGAAGAGGCAUGUUGCGCAGAUCGUCUCCCACUUCCAAGGGACUCCAACUUCUCCAGAGCCUCUGCUGCUAUGCCUAGGGUGUCGCCUUUCUGAAGGUACCGGGAACUACGUCGGGACAAGAAAAUGGAAAGCCCGCAUUUUGGAAUGCGGGAUGUACAUAGAUGGACGUCUGCAUGCAGCAGGCAUGUUCGUGGGCUUGUGUUCUUUUUUUGGGUUUGUGUUUGUGUGCGUGUGUGCGUGUGUCCGUGUGUCCGUGUGUGUGUGUGUGUGUGUGUGUGUGUGUGUGUGUGUGUGUGUGUGUGUGUGUGUGUGUGUGUGAGAGAGAGAGAGAGAGAGAGAGAGAGAGAGAGAAGAGUAUGAUUAAUAACGAUUACAAACUCUUUGAUUUCGCAGCGCUUUCAUGGCAACUUCUCGUUCUGUUUGAAUAAAGAUUACUGUUCCGC